AUGAGCGAUGAGCCACCGACACGCAAGCGGCCGCGAACCGACUCGCAGUCCAGCGCUGCCAGUUCGCGCUCGGAUUCGUCGAAGGAGCCCUUCAGCCGAGACGAUAGGUUCUGGUACGCGGACGGAGACAUCGUAGUCAUUGCGGAGAAUGUUGGAUUCCGUGUCUACAAAGGUCUGCUCGCCACGCACUCCGACGUCUUCCGCGACAUGUUCAGCCUCCCUCAGCCGGGUCUGGACGCUGUGGAGGACUGUCCCGUAGUUCAUGUCACAGACACUGCAGCGGAGAUAUCCUCAAUGCUAUCGGUACUUCUUCCUACGCAGUACACCCAUCGAUGGUAUCUUCACAGGUUCCGGAAACUUCCCUUGUCUGCUUUCGACGACCUCGCUAAUUGCACUCGACUCGCGCACAAGUAUGGCAUGAAGCAGCUCCUUGAAGAGUCUCUGACAGAGCUCGAAGACUACUUCCCAUCCACACUGGCUUCACGGGACUGCCGAGAUCAAUAUCGCUAUGCUGACAUGUGGCGAGCCAUCGCGGGGGUCAACCUCGCACGUCUCACAAACACGCCGUCAAUGCUUCCCGCCGCCUUCUACCUCUGCUGCCAGUUGACUGCCGAGGAGCUCAUGGAGGGGCACACUCGCUCGGACGGCACCAAAGAUACUCUGAGCCCAGAGGACCUACGGCGAUGUCUUGAUGCGAGGGCCAAGCUGUGCACGCUGUUUGUGACAUCUACGCUCGGAGAGACGUUCAAUCAUAUCCGCAAAAACGACAAAUGCUCGACACACUCACGCUGCAACACCGUUAUCCACUCCAUUCUGUCAGAUUAUCUCGUACUCGAUGCGGGUGAUAGCGAAGCCCUACACUCAUGGAUCAGCGCCAUACACGCCCAUUCCUACAAGAGGAGACCGAAGCCCGCGCAUCCCCUCUGUUCUGCAUGCAUCAAGCAAUUGGUACAAAGAGAGGAAGAUAGGCGCGAGCGACUCUGGGCCGGACUUCCGCAGUUCCGCGACGGAGAAUUCUGGUUAGAGGAUGGAAACAUCGUGGUCAUUGCGGAGAACGUUGGGUUUCGCGUCUACAAAGGCCUGCUCUCCACGCACUCCGACGUCUUCCGUGACAUGUUCAGCCUGCCUCAACCGGGUCUGGACGCCGUGGACGACUGUCCCGUAGUUCAUGUCACAGAUACGGCAGCGGAGCUUCGUUCACUGCUAUCGGUACUUCUUCCUACGCAGUUUCUGGAACUUCCCUUGUCUGCUUUCGAAGACCUCGCUAAUUGCACUCGACUCGCGCACAAGUAUGGCAUGAAGCAACUCCUUUGGGAUUCCCUGGAAGACCUCAAGGACCACUUCCCAUCCACAUUGAUUUCAUGGGACAUCCGUGAGGGAUUCAAAGAUGAUGACACCCAUCCCAUCGUGGCGGUCAACCUCGCACGUCUCACCAACACGCUGUCGGUACUUCCCGCCGCCCUCUACCUCUGCUGCCAGUUGACUGCUAAGGAGCUCCAGGAGGGGCACGCUCGCUUGGACGGUACUCAGGAUUCUCUGAGUCCAGAAGACUUAGAGCGGUGUCUCAACGCGAGGGCCAAGCUCUGCACUCUGUUUAUGAUCACUACGCUCAGAGACACGUUCAAUCCUAUCGGCACAGAUGGCGAAUGCGCAACAAAAUCGCGCUGCAACACCUCUAUCCACUCCAUUCUGUCAGUUGAUAUUGCAGCCUGCAUUGACGGGGGGGAAGGCGAUGCCCUACGUUCGUGGAUCACAACCAUACGCAAGUAUUCCUCCAAGAAGACGCCGAAACCCGCGUAUCCCCUCUGUUCGGCGUGUAUCAAAACAUUGGUAGAAAGAGAGGGAAAUAGGCGCCAGCGAAUUUGGGCGGGACUUCCGAAGUUGUUUGGGUUGUAG